AUGGCUGACUCACCCACGCUGAGUAUAACUAUGCUAGGAGCUGGCCAAGAAGUUGGCCGGUCGUGUUGUGUUCUUCAGUACCACGACAAGACAAUCGUACUGGACGCGGGCGUUCACCCAGCCCACAGCGGCAUGGCGUCGCUACCGUUCGUGGAUGAACUGGACUGGAGCACAGUGGACGCGAUUUUGAUCACGCAUUUUCACUUGGACCACGCUGCAGCGCUGACUUACAUCAUGGAGAAGACCAAUUUCAGAGACGGCAAAGGCAAGGUGUACAUGACUCAUCCAACGAAAGCUUUGCAUAAAUUCAUGAUGCAAGAUUUUGUUCGUAUGAGUAACUCUUCAACGGAUGCACUCAUAUCCCCGCUUGACCUUUCCAUGUCGAUCUCAUCUAUCAUCCCUGUCUCUGCUCACCAGCUCAUCACACCUUGCCCCGGAGUCACUUUCACUCCAUACCACGCCGGCCAUGUCCUUGGCGCCUGCAUGUACUUGAUAGACAUGGCCGGCAUCAAAAUCCUCUACACUGGCGACUACUCGCGUGAAGAGGACCGCCAUCUCGUCAAAGCUGAAGUUCCACCCGUCCGUCCGGACGUCCUCAUUGUUGAAAGUACCUACGGGGUUCAAUCUCUUGAGGCUCGGGACGAGAAGGAGCUUCGCUUCACUAGCUUGGUGCACUCUAUCAUUCGUCGUGGAGGCCAUGUUCUUCUUCCGGCGUUUGCUCUGGGACGUGCCCAGGAGUUGUUACUCAUCUUGGACGAAUACUGGAAGAAGCACCCCGACCUGCACAACGUGCCUAUCUAUUAUGCCUCAAGUCUGGCCAGGAAAUGUAUGGCUGUUUACCAAACAUACAUUCACACCAUGAAUUCCAACAUUCGCACGCGCUUCGCAAAACGGGACAAUCCUUUUGUAUUCAAACACAUAUCGAAUAUGCCGCAAAGCUCGGGAUGGGAACGAAAAAUUGCAGAAGGGCCGCCUUGCGUGGUUCUGGCUAGCCCCGGUUUCAUGCAAUCUGGUCCCAGCCGUCAGCUAUUGGAACUAUGGGCGCCCGACUCACGGAACGGUCUCAUCGUAACUGGUUACUCAGUCGAAGGUACAUUGGCGCGGGAAAUCAUGACCGAACCUGACGAAAUCAUCUCGAUGAAAGGGGCCACGAUUCAGCGCAAGCUCUCCGUCGACUACAUUUCCUUCAGUGCGCACGUCGACUACUCGCAAAACUCGGAGUUCAUCGAAAUGAUCAAGGCGCCACAUAUCGUACUUGUCCAUGGUGAACAAACGGCAAUGGGGCGUCUUCGGGCGGCUUUACAGGCGCGGUACAAGAACAGGGAGGAAGACGUCAAAAUCCACACCCCGCGGAAUCUCGAAACCCUCAACCUUACAUUCCGAGGCGAACGAGUAGCCAAGGCCAUCGGUACCCUCGCUGCCCGACCACCAAAAGCCAACGACACUAUCUCCGCUCUUCUCGUUUCUAAAGAUUUCUCCUACACCCUACUUGAUCCGCGGGAUCUUCGGGAUUUUGCUGGAUUAUCGACCUGCGUGGUCACACAGCAGCAGAAGAUAGCGUUGGGCGUCGGUUGGGAGCUUGUUCGAUGGCACCUGGAGGGCAUGUAUGGCAGUGUGGAAGAGGGCGUGGACAAGGAUGGGGUUCAGACUAUGCGAGUGAUGGGCGCGGUAGAUGUGAAGUAUGUGGCGGAACACGAACUUGUGCUCGAGUGGGACUCGAGUGCCGCGAACGACAUGAUAGCAGAUUCAACGGUCGCGCUCAUUACAGACAUCGACAAGAGCCCUGCGUCCGUGAAACUCACAACAUCCUCACACUCGCAUUCCCAUUCCCAUCCGCCCGCUCUCGAUCACCCUCAUCCACACUCUGACGAAUCCUAUCUCUCCAACCCGAUGAUCCGUAUUCAACGACUCGGCAUGUUCCUCGAAUCUCACUUCGGCGAGGUAGAGUACCAUAUGCCCGAAGAAGAGCCAGAGCCAGCACAGGAAGAGAUGGAGCAAGGAGAAACAACGUCACCACCCCACGCAGCCGAGCCCUCAUUCUUGAUCCAGCUGGACGAAGCGGACGCUAGGAUAAACCUAAUAUCUAUGACUGUUGAGAGUGACAGCGAGACGGUCCGAAAACGAGUAGAAGCGGUUCUUCAGAUGGCAGUCUCGACCGUCAGCUCGUUGAGCGAGACUUUCGUCUCAGGGGCUCCAUUGGAGCUCGACGAAGGCCUGGGAGAGAAAGAGAAGGCGAUCCAAAAGGGCAACGAAGACGACUCACCACAAACUCUUACGACUGGCGCAGAUACCGACCCUGCCACAAAGGCAGAUCCAAUUGAUGAGGGAACGGCAGACAUCGCGAUGGGAGAUGAGCGGGAAACGAGCGCGGUCGCUGAAGAAAAUAGAGGGGGGCAGACGAAGCCCGUGGACGCCGGGCUCGGGAAUAAGCAGGAACAUCCCGCGGAGGGAGAUGAAGGCGACGAAGACGCAGAGGGCGAUGAUGAUGACGGGGACGAGAGGGACGACUUGCAGGUGCAUGCUUGA